UUCGCGUGCGCGCGCGCGCGCUGAGAGACACGGAGUGAGCUCGCGCACAUCCUCUCCAUCCGCGUCAUUAAUAUCGUCCGUCUUAAUGACGGGAAUAGAUGCGUUUCGACAAAAUUAGACUGUGAUUUAUAACACCAAGUUUUAAUUGAUGAUAUUCUGCGCUACUGGAGGGAACUUCGGAGGAGAUUGACGGAGAAUAACCCGAAUCAUCCACGUAGUUAUGUCGUGAUGGCUCCGCCCCAAAGGAGGCGUUCCCUCGGCCCUGUCUCACCCAAGCGCAUCUAUAGGAGCCUGUCACUCAAACUGAAGGGCGGGGCUUCCCCCAGUGAGGCGGAGCCGUCUGAUUGGAGGAGGCGGCUGAGCAGAGGACCAGCCGAGUACUCGUGUCUGUGGGAUGCUCUGGAGAAUGAAGACACCCUUGCGGUCCAGCAUCUGUUAUCCAGAGAGCGAGUUACAGAAGCACAGGUGAACAGCGUCAGUGAACUGGGCCUGGUGCCGCUGGACGUGGCCGCUCUUACCCAUAAUGCACCACUGCUGCAGGUGCUGGUGAAGGCCGGAGGCAAACACAACCCCACCUUGAGCUCGACCUCUGAUUGGUCGCUGAAGCUGGACGAGCUGGUGUCAUUGGCCGAGCAGAAGCAGGAGGAGUGGAGGGCGGAGCUUCUGCUGAGAGUGAAGGCGGAGCUUCAGUCACAGACAGACGUGCAGAAGAACGUAGAUUUGUGGACGCGGCGUUGGGAACUGUACCGUCGCAUGAGAGACAGAUUCCAGACGACCGCUCCGCCCGGGCCGCCCGCCGGAGCCGUCCUGCUGGUGAUGAGUAACAUCUGUGUGUGUGUACGAGUCUCUGAACCCACCGGUCAGACGCACGGCCUCAUCACUCGAUACAGAGUUGAGUGGAGCUCUUCGUCCUGUUUUCAUCCUCUGAGUGGCACUGGAUUCAUCACAGACACCAGGAGCCCAGAGUUCAGCAUCACGGGCCUCCAGACUGGUGUGCAGUAUUACGUGCGGGUCAGUGCGUAUAACGUCAGAGGUUGGGGUCCGUUUGUGAGCAGCAGCCCCCCGUGUGUCGCCCCGUCCAGCUGGAGCUCAUGCUGCGGUGUGACGGUGAGACGCAGGAAUCCAGCCGCAGCCGUCAGGAGAAUCUCACUGCAGAUCAGAGAGCCCACACUCAGCGAAAGCAGGAGCUCAGUGAAGAGAGUGUGUGUGUCUCGAGGUCUGAAGCAGCUCUUUCACUCCAGCAGGUUCGUUCGGCUCUUACAGAGGGGUGUGUACCUGGCGAGUGUGUUCUCUCAGAAGGACAGUGUUCUGGUGACGGCUGACGAUCAGCUCCCUCUGGUGGAGAUCCAGAGCUGCUCCAGGUCCGUCACGCAGGACUUCCUGUGGUUCUGUAAGCUGUCGUGUGCGUGGACACAGGUGCCGCGGCUGCUGCAGGUGCUGUCCUCUUCAUCGCUCUCCUCGUCUUCAUCACUGCUGCAGAACAGACUCAGUUUCCUGCGGGCCGUCGCACAGCUGCAGGCAUCGGUGGGGUGUGUGGAUCUGGGUCAGGUGUAUUUCGAGCCACUGAAGGACCGGCAGGGGAACGUUCUGCUGGUGACCCUCAGAGAGGUCACGACCCCGCUGACCCCGUCUGACCCCGCGCUGCACUGGCUUCCUGUCAGCAGCCUGGAGAGAAACCAGAGCGAGACGCCAUUACUGCCCGAACCCUCGGCCGUAGAGCUGCUGACACACAGACUCAAGGAGAUGCUGGCGUAUCACAGGAGGAGUCAGCAGAGGGCUCAGCCCGGUCUGUAUGUGGGCAUCCUGAAGCUCUGCAGCUCUGUGGAUCAGCUCCGCAUCCUGGUCCCGCAGAGAUUACCCAACAUGCCCUGCCACUGCCGCGUCAGGAACCGGCCACACGUGUCACGGGAGGAGUGGGCGUGGCUACAGCAGCAUGCGGUGGGCGGGGCCUGUGCCAGUCAGGAGGGCGGGGAUGACGCUGUGAUUGACAGCUCAGGUGUGGAGGACUUCGUGAAGGCGCUGAGAUCUGCAGUGACUCAACUGCUGACCAAACUCAAUGUCCCUCUGGAGCGGGCGAGUGAGUACCGUGUCUACACGCAGGAGCUGCUGCAGGUUGGGGAUCAGGUGUGUGUGAUUCUCCUGCUGCCGCCCUGUGAGGAGUUCAGAUCCCGUCAGCGUCCAGCUGAAGGAGCCCAGCACACCCUCACCGUCCCCAUGCACUACUUUGAGCUCGUGCACCUGUGGGCGUACGAGCGGGAUCUGCUGUCUCAGUACUGUCAGCUGUGGCUCAGACUGGAGCUGGACGUGCGUCUUUCCCAGCAGGCUUUGAGAGAAGCGCUGGACACUGAAGAGCUGCAGGAGGCCACAGAGAGACUGGCACACGUAACACAGCUGGCACAGAGUCUGUCUGCGCUGUGGAGCGAGAGCCGCUGGCUGAUGGACGUCAUUCAGACGCUGCGCUCCAAACACUCCGAGGGGGCGGUGCCUCUGGGGCGGGUCAUGACCUCACGGCCAAUCAGAACAGCCGCUAGUGAGGACACGCCCCCUUCUUUACAUACUGUAGAACAGAUGCACACAGAGGUCAUGGGGUCAGAGGUCAGCGCUCCUGUGGAGGUCACAGAUGGGGUCACGUGUCCGGAGACGCCCCCCUCACACUACACCGAUGAGCCCCGUUCCCAUGGAAGCAGCAGCCGUCGCCGUGGAAGCAGCCUCCGACAGAUGCACUCGUGCCCCGAGCUCAGUGACCCGGCCGCCUCACAUCCCAUAAUGCCCUCGGACGGAGGUCAGGAGCUGCUGACGGAGAUGAUGGACCUGUUCCAGAGCCUGGAUCUGCUGGGAGGCAGUCUGACAGACCUGCAGGAGCUGGACUGGAGCGACCCCGAGCCCGACCUGCAGAACCAGGAGCAGGAAGACAGCGGCGUGACCCGCAGGGGGCAUCCCGUCAGGAGUCUGGUGGAGUGGGUCAAGUCCACCGUCUGAACACAGUCUGGACCAGUGAUCAUCAUCUGAUUCAGAAUAGUAGUUCAGAGCACGUAACACAAUGCCAGAGUCAGGUGAUUUCAGCAAACAAGGCUUUUCUCAUGGUGUCCAUUCAGAACCACUGAGCCAGCGUCUUAUCAAUCAGUAUUAGUAUUUUUAACGAGACACUUGUGUAGUUAAAAGGAUGAGUAGUCUCAAACAACCAAAUCAAAUGAAUAAUACAUAUUUUAAAACUUAAGUUAUACAGACACUUCAUAUUUAACUGUAUUGCAUUUAAUAUAUAACAGUCUAAAGAAAGUAUUAGCAUUGGGUUUGUGAAAGCUGUUUGUUUGCGUGAUUUGGCGUGUGUUUUUGUCGCCUGAAACACAGUUUUGUCCAGCAGGUGUCACCAGCGCGUGCUGUUUCGAGCGAUUCGAACAAGUGAAUCGUUUUAGUAACCGAUUCAAUUGAUUCGAAGCUUGAAAAAGGUUUAUUUGUCUGGACCAAAGCUCACCUGUCAUCUCAGAAAUAACAGAAGAUUAUUAGAAUAUAUUAUGAAGUAUAUUCAAUAAUGAUUUGUUAUAAAAUAGUACAUUUUAAACAAUUUUAUUUAAAAUAUAUUGUAACUUUUUUAGUAAAUGUUUUAUGGAAGUUAUUUAUUUAGCUAGUUUUUAUGUUUGUUGUUUUUUAUUCAUGAAUUUUUCGUGGUUUGUUUUGCUUUUAUGAUUUGAUUCAUUUUGAAUACUCCUUUUAUUUUAAUUAUGUAUAUUUGUAAAAAAAUAUUCAAAAUGUAAAAUGUAUUUACUUGAAUUGUACUUGAAAUGUACAUUAAUAUUACAUUUAAAAUAUUUUAGAAACAUUUAAAUAAUAAUAAUAUAAACAACUAAAUUAAUUAUUUUUAUAAAUAUUUUAAAAUAUAUUGGCCAUCAAACAUUUGAUGUUGGUCUGCUGUUAUGCUUGUU